AUGUACUUUGAAGAGGAGUUACAAGGUGGUGAUGUUGAGGGGACCAAAGAUACUGAUGGAUUGAAAAGUGGUAGUGAAGAUAGUGCAGUAGGAAUUAACUUUGAAGAUUCUGAUAAUGAUGUGGUGAUGACUGAAGCAGUGGCAGUUGAUGAUGCUGAAAUAUCUGAGGAUGGGACAAAAAAUGGUAAGGGAAAAGGGAAGAGUAAAGGAAAAGUUAAAGCUAAGAGGAAGGGGAAGGGGAAGGGGAAGGUAAAAGGGAAGGGGAAGGGGAAGGGGAAGGGGAAAGUAAAAGGGAAGGGGAAGAUUGGAAGACCUAGUAAGAAGAAAGUUAGUGAGAGUGCCACAUCUGGGGAAAAAAGCCUUUUAGUUGAUGAUGAUGAGGUAGAUGAAGAAGAAAUACCUGUAAAUUUGAAGGGUUUGAGUGAUGUUGAGACUGACAACAGUGAAGUAGGAUUUGAUGAAUAUUUUAGUGAGGAUGAUUGUGUGACAAAGACUCUAUUUCAAACCUUCAAAAUGCCUAAAACUAUGGAGGAUUAUAAGUGGGAGUUAGGAACAUACUUUGCAACUAACCAAGACUUCAAGGAUGCCAUAAGGUCAUAUGCCAUACACAAUGGUAGGGACAUGAAGUUCAAGAAAAAUGAUAAAAAAAGGAUGAGAGUGAUAUGUAAAAAAGGGUGUCCAUGGGAGGCAUAUUGUGCCAAAAUUCAGGAUGAGGAAACAUGGCAGCUUAGGAAGAUUGUUGACAAACAUACUUGUAGUAGGGAUUUCAAAGUAAAUUUGUUAAACUCAAAAUGGCUGAGUAGUAAGAUACAGAAAAAUGUUAGAGAGAAUCCUAAUUUAAGGCUAGCUGACAUUAUGGAAAAAACUCAACAGAAAUGGAAUGUGGGAAUCAAUAGAACUCUUGCAUACAGGGCCAAGACAAAGGCAAUUGACAUUGUUGAUGGCUCAUUUAGAGAACAAUAUAAAAGGAUACAUGACUAUGCACAUGAACUUCUAAGGGCCAAUCCUGGUUCAACAGUCAAAGUAACCAGUCAACCUUUCCAAGGUGAAGAAGAAAGCAUUGAGAAUCCUCAAAUUCAACUGAGUCCCCAUUUUCAGAGAAUGUACAUUUGUUUUAAGGCAUGCAAGGACAGCUUCUUUAAGUGCAGGCCUAUAAUAGGAUUGGAUGGGUGCUUCUUGAAGGGUUAUUAUGGUGGACAGAUUCUUGCUGCAAUUGGGAGGGAUCCCAAUGAUCAGAUGAUGCCUAUUGCUUAUGCUGUAGUGGAGGGAGAAACCAAAGAUUCAUGGAGUUGGUUCCUUGAGUUGCUGAUAGCUGAUCUUGGUGGGGAAAGGAUUUGCAAAACUUACACUUUCAUAAGUGAUCAACAAAAGGGACUAUUACCAGCCCUAGAAGAACUAUUGCCUCAAGUGGAUCAGAGGUUCUGUGUCAGGCAUUUGUAUAGCAAUUUUAGAAAGAAAUUCCCUGGUGCCAAACUCAAGGAAUUGAUGUGGAAAGCUGCUACAGCUAGUUAUACUAAUGCAUUUGAAAGGGCUAUGCUGGAGAUGAAGGGUGUCAAUGAGAAUGCCUUCAAGCAUUUGAUAAAGCUGCCAGCUAGAUAUUGGAGCAAGGCAUUCUUCAAGCCAUAUCCUCUUUGUGAUGCCUUGGUAAACAACAUGUCAGAGGCUUUCAACUCUGUGUUUGUGACUUCUAGGGCCAAACCUAUAAUUACCAUGCUUGAAGAAAUCAGAGUAUAUCUCAUGCAAAGGUGGGAGUCAAAUAGAGAGAAAAUUGCCAAGUUUGAAGGAGAUAUUUUGCCCAAUAUCAAGAAAAAAAUUACAAAGGAAUCUGGAAGAACAAACUAUUGGAUUGUGAGGCGUGCAGGUGAGUUUGACUAUGAAGUGAGGCACAUCUCAAACAAUGGAGAAAAGUAUGUGGUGAAUUUGUCCACCAAGCUGUGUUCUUGCAGGUUAUGGAUGCUAACAGGUUUACCUUGUUGUCAUGCCAUGAGUUGUAUGAAAUCACAACAACUUGAUAUUGAAGAUUUUGUGCCUGACUGUUACAAAAAAUCUACUUAUGAGGCAUGUUAUGCAAGUGUUAUUUUUCCUGUCAAUGGAGAAAAUCUGUGGGAGAAGAAGGACUAUGCUGAAUUGCAACCACCACCUAUCAAGAGGCAGCCAGGAAGGCCAAAGAAGAAGAGAACUAGAGACCCAUCUGAAAACAUAAGGAAUGAGACUCAACUCAAAAGGGCAAACUUUGGCAUUAAGUGCAGUAGGUGCCACAUGAUGGGGCACAACAAAUCAACAUGCAAACUGCCACCACCAAGCCAGUCUGCUCAACCUGAAACUACUCAGCCUGAGCCAAUUCAGCAUGGACCUAGCCAGCCUGAAGCUACUCAACCUGAAGCUACUCAGCAAGAUUCAACCCAGUCUGAAGCAAUUCUGAAUUAGGCUUUUAUGCCCUUAUGUAUUUUGUGUAUUAUCUAGGCUGAACAAAAACCUAGGCUCCAUGUCAUUUUGUAUGUUUCUGUCAUCG